AUGGACUUCCGAAGUGUAAAUCCUCUCAAUGAUCGAUUGAACAAGAUCUCAGGCAAUCUGCUACCGAUGACUGCUAACGGUUUGUCGUUUCCAAUAUACUGGCAGAUGUAUAGCAUCGCAAUAUGGCUACUGGAAAUUAUUCAAAUGAGCAUAUUAAUCCCCGGAUGCUUUCUCGUACCAAUGGAGACCGCUGUGAAAAACGGCAUGAUUGGCGUCGCAAUCACGUUUGAGGUGUUUUUCGUAGUUGUGCGACUUCACUCAUGCAGGGGGCUGAUACAACGCUUGAUCAAGAAACUAAACGACAUCAUGUUCUUGGACGAUGAGCUAAUGCGGAAUAUCGUGAGAACAACCCUCAAGUCGAUGGAUAUGCCUCUCAAAUUUUGUUGGUUGACCGGCGUGGGGUCCGUGAUCUUGUGGUGUAGCCCACCGUAUGUGUUGAUGUUUCAGAAGGAUCUCUUCUUUUACUUGGAUUAUAAGAUGCCGGUCGCCUUCGGCACAGAACCGUUCUCCACCGGGGUUUUUGUGGUGGGAAGCCUCAUCGUGUCAACUAGCAGCGCGUACAUUUUUACGAAGAAGAUUGCCGCCGACACAUACAUGAUACAUCUGAUACUACUAGUAACGGCGCAGUAUCGAUACAUUGCGUUGAAGCUGUCACUGGUGAUACGAGACGGAUGUCUAAAGAGUAAUCUCAACGGUCCUAUCGGAAAAGAACGAUAUUCUGAGGUAGAUCGGUGCACGAAAAUGCAGAUCAAAGCGUUGUGUCGACAUCACAACGCCAUGCUUUACGUGACGCUUAUGUUGAAAGAGCUGCUAUCGCUAAACUUCAGCCUAAUAUACGUGAACAACGUUUUUCGCUUCUGCUCUAUUGCCUUCAUGUUAUUAGUAGUAUCAUCCACGAGCUUCGUGGAAAGCGCAGGAGUUGUUAUAUACGCCUGCGGUGGCACAGUUCAACUCUAUCUAUUGUGUUAUUGUGUGCAUCAGUUGUUAGAUGCGACUAUCGAAAUAACUAACAAAGCUUUUCAUGAAGAAUGGUACAAACACGGAGCGUUUAUAAAACGUAUAUUUAUAAUGCUGAUAACGACUAAUCGUUUAGAGUGCAGACUGUCGCGAUUUGAAAAAUUUAAUCUGUCUCUGCCCUCGUUCAUGGCGAUAGUCUUAGUGAAUGCGUUAAUCUCCGGAUGCAUGUACCAAAACGGCAUAAUCUGCUUAGUAGUUGCUAAGGAGAUGUUUUACACGAUCAUGCAAUUCCAUCUCCAUAAGGAUUAUGGA